AUGUCCAAAUUCGCCAUCUUGUCCGCUCUAGUCCUGCUCUGCGCUCACCUCCCUGAAGGACUGGCCGGCCCUGCCAUGAUGAAAAGACAAGAGCAGGGCCUCCCUAGGCCUGUCGACGUGGCCCCAACCAAUAUCAUCGACGCUCGACAGGCUGUCGUCACUUCCGUCGUUGGAGGAGUCACUUCGGUUGUAGGGGGAGUCACUAGUGUUGUUGGAGGAGUCACCUCUAUCAUCGGGGGCAUCCUCGCCGAUGAAUCCGCCUCCGCUUCUGUACCAGCAGCUACAGCCAGCGCUGUAGCCGAAGAUCUCGAAGCCCGCCAGGGUGUCGAUAUCCAGGAUAUUGUCAUCUCCUUAGUUGGCGAGGUCACUUCCGUCAUCGGGGGCAUCCUCGCUGAUGAAACCGGUGCUCCCGUGCCAUCCAUUACGGCCAGUGCUGUGAUUUUGCCCCAAGAACUCGAAGCCCGACAAGCUGUCGUCACCUCUGUUGUUGGAGGAGUUACCUCCAUCAUUGGGGGCAUCCUCGCCGAUGAAUCCGCCUCUGCUUCUGCACCAGCUGCUACGGCCAGUGCCGUGGAAAAUCUUGAAGCUCGAGAUAAUAUUAUCGUCUCUGUUGGUGGAGAUGUCAACUUUGGGGGCCACUUUACUGUUCAAUCCAGCGCGCUACCCGCGUCGAAAGCUAUUGACGCUCGACAGGCAGUCGUCACUUCCGUCGUUGGAGGAGUCACGUCAGUUGUAGGGGGAGUCACUAGUGUCGUCGGAGGAGUCACCUCCAUUAUCGGAGGCAUCCUUGCUGAUGAAUCCUCCGCGGCGCCAUCCGCUACCGCGAUUGCUUCCAAAGCUCUUGAAGCCCGACAGGCAUCCGUCACGUCUGUCGUUGGAGGAGUCACUUCUGUCGUAGGGGGAGUCACUUCUGUUGUUAGUGGUGUAACCACCGUCAUCGGCGGUGUUACCUCUGUCGUUGGCAAAGUCGCACCCACGCCGUCACCCGAGCUGUGAACGUUGAGGGAAAAUACGACGAGAACUUCGGUACUUGGACGGGGUAGGUUGGUAUGCUCAGUUUCUGCUGUAUCGCUGUUGUGCGUUUUCAUUACUGUUCUUGUUUCGAUGCACCCAGUGGUUGAUCCACUAAU